UGGGCGCGGCCCCGCGCUCAGGUGAGGCGGGCGCGGCCCCGGCAGUCGCGGCGGGGCCAUGAACGGGCUCCAGGGCUGGGCCGCGCUCCUCGAGACCCCGCAGGAGCCGAGCAUGAGGCGCCCCACGGAAUUCCCGGAAUUCCUCAUCCCGGAAAACUCCCCGACUUCCCUGGAAAAUUCCGGAGGUCCCAAAUCUGCCUGGAAUCCAGAGGAGGCCGGGCCGGUGCUGAGGCUGCGCCUGCCCAGAGACCCCCCCGGGGAGCCGCGGCCCAAGCAGAAGCCGGUGGGCAGAGCCUUCGCCAUGGUGGCCAAGAGAUCCGACGGGAAUUCCUUGGCCUCGGAAUGCGUCAAAUCCAACGAGGGAGACGAGGAGAUCAUCAAGGUUUAUCUCAAGGCUCGCGCCGACCACGAGGAGCCCGUGACCCAACUCAAGAGCGAAGUCCGGCACAUCCAGGAGGCCGGAAGCGCCCUCAAAAAACUCCGGGAAGAUUUGAGCACCAAACUCCAGACCCAGACGGAAUUCCGGGAACUUCGGGAAUUCCGGGAAUUCCAGGAGCACUCGGAGGUGGUGCUGGAGAAGCGGAACGGGAGCUGCUCCUGCCCCGAGCGGCUCCGGGCGGAAUCCCGGGAGGAUCCGGAGGACGUGGAGGACGCGGCCCAGAGGCUCCUCCGGAGGCUCCAGGAGGCGGAAAAGCGGCACCAGCUGGAGAGGAAAACCUUCGAGAGGACGGUGGCGCGGUACCAGGAGGAAGUGGAGCGGGCGGGAUCGGCCCUGCGGAGAGCGGAGAAGGACGCGGCCGAGAAGGAGAUGGAGGUGGAGGAGCUCCAGAGGCUCCUGGCCAGCAUGGAAAAGGAGCACCGGAAUUUGCUGGCGCGGAUGGAAGCGGGAGAAGCCGAGCUGGAGCGGCUCCGGAAGGUGGAAGGGGACAAAGUGGCCCAACAGGACCGCUCAGCCCAGCUGGAAAAGGAGGUGGCUGCGCUCCGGGAGAAGAUCCAUCACCUGGACGACAUGCUCAAGAGCCAGCAGCGGAAAGUCCGGCAGAUGAUCGAGCAGCUCCAGAAUUCCAAGACGGUGAUCCAGGCCAAGGACGCGGCGAUCCAGGAGCUGAAGGAAAGGGUUUCCUACCUGGAAGCGGAGAACCUGGAGAUGCACGACCGGAUCGAGCACCUGAUCGAGCAGCAAGUGAGCCGGGGCGGGCUCAGCGCCCGGGCGCGCUCCAAGUCGGAAUACGUCAGCAGCAAACGCCUCCCGGGCCCGAAGCCGCUGCCCCUGAUCCGAGUGGUGGAAACCUGAAUCCCAGGAUCUGGGCCCAGCCGGAUCCUUCCCCUUUGGAAUGGUUUGACUGGAAUUCCCUGCUGGACUCGCAGCCCUUCCUGAGGGAAGAG